AUGGCUUUGCAGCUGAAGUUUUUCUGUUGCAUUCUGGCGCUGCACGUCCUCGGUGCUGCUGCACAGAGAGGCCCACGCCAGCGGCAAAUCCACACAAUCAAGCCCAGUCCCUCUAACAGACGUGAGCGCGUCGAAGCCCAAACUGCAGAACCUCCUGAUACUUUUCAACCGGUUCAUCUGGAGGAGCGCACGAAUAGACGCACGCAACAGCAGACUGCGCGUCCAGGGACCAGUAACCGCGCGACACUGGAUAGAAGCGCCAAUGAAGUAACAUCAAACUGUCGAAAUCGCCCUAUCGACUUGGUCUUUAUUAUUGACAGCUCCCGCAGUGUGCGUCCUUCUGAGUUUGAGAAAGCCAAAGAGUUCCUCCAGGACAUGGUGGACAGUUUGGAUAUCGGCUUAGCCAGCACUAGAGUCGGUCUGGUCAACUAUGCCAGCACGGUCAAGAUCGAGUUCCUCUUGAAAACAUAUUCUGACAAGACUGCCCUCAAAAAAGCUCUCUCCAGAGUGGAUCCCCUGGCCUCAGGCACCAUGACAGGCCAGGCCAUUAAGAUGACAAUGGAGCAAGUAUUCACCACAGAAGCUGGAGCGCGAAUGACUUCCAAAGACAUUGCCAAAGUGGCCAUCAUCGUGACGGAUGGACAUCCCCAGGACAACGUGCAGGAGGUGUCUGAAGCGGCUCGGGCGUCGGGGAUAGAGAUCUACGCCGUUGGAGUGGGACGAGCUGACCUGAUGUCUCUGAGGCUCAUGGCCAGUCCUCCUCUGGAUGACCAUGUGUUCUAUGCGGAGACAUAUGGGGUCAUAGAGAAGCUCACAUCCAAAUUUAGGGAAACUCUGUGUGGUUCCAGUCUUUGCGACCUUGGACACAAAUGCCAACACAUUUGUGUAAGCAGUAACACCUCGUACAUCUGCAAGUGUCAAAGUGGAUAUGUGUUAAAUGCAGAUCAGAAAACCUGCUCUCAUAAAGCCUUAGAUGCAGAUGCAUGUAGUCAAGGGCAUGACUGCCAACAUAUCUGUGCAAAUAAUGAUAUGUCUUACAUUUGCAAGUGUAGAAGUGGCUAUGUCCUAAACUCAGACCAGAAAACAUGCUCUCUUGCAGAUACCUGUAGUCAAGGCCAUAACUGCAGCCAUAUUUGUGUCAUCAAUGGCACCUCUUACAGUUGUAAAUGUCGAGGGGGAUAUGUAUUGAAUGCAGACCAGAAAACAUGCUCACGUUUUCAUCCAUGUGCUCAUGGACAUGAAUGUCAGCACAUCUGUGUAAGCACCAAUCAUUCAUACAAAUGUAAAUGUCAUAUGGGAUAUGUGUUGAAUCCUGACAAGAAAAGUUGUUCACGUUCCUUAGGGGAUGCUUGUGCCAAGGGACAUGAUUGCCAGCACAUAUGUGUGAACAAUGAGAGCUCAUACACCUGCAAGUGCCGACCUGGAUAUGUGCUGAAUGUGGACCUGAAAACAUGUUCACAGGAAAUGAGGAGUGAAAUAACCCAAGAUGCCUGCAUGUGUGAAGCUCAGAUUGUUUUUCAGAAAAAGGUGCAGUCAACUAUUCAAGAGUUGACACGAAAAAAUAUCCUUUUAAUAUUUUUACACUUAGGAUUAACUACGUUAAAAUAA